AUGGCGGGUGGUGGAAUCACCUCGCACUUCCGCUCGGGCAAGGCGUCGCUCGCCGCUCGAAAGCCCACGUCGGCCAAGGAGCAACAGGCCCUGCGCGAUGGCCUCACCAAGGUGCCAUCCACCGAUGCGGUCGCCAAGGGCAAAGGUGCCGCCGCCGUUGCUUCUGCGACAAACACGACGACGGCGACGGCGACACCGACGACAAUGACUACGACGACGACCAGACGGACUCGCUCGACUAGGACGCAGCUCAGGACGCCCCAACAGGGCGAGGUAGAGGCCAUUCUCAAGGACCUCGACGAUAUCCAGUCCUCCUCGUCGUCCCAUCCCGCCGUCCUUCCUUCCAGCAUAUCCACCGACACGGCGACGACGGCUCCUGCAUCCGCGUCAUCGGCCGCCGCUGCGUUCGCCCGCAGCAUCACUCCACCACCGCUGCCCGAUCCCACCUCGCCCUACCUCCUCGGCACGCCGCCGCGGACAGCGCACAGACGCUCCAACGCUGCCACUUCGCCCUCCAAGCGCAAGGCAGCAGCCGCAGCCGAUGCCGCGGGUGCGCGCACUUCGGCCGCGCCGACUUCGAGCCCGACCAAGCGCAAGGCACGUGCCUCGGCCGAGGGGACAGAGGGGCCCAGCACGGAAAAGCUCAUGGCGUCUCCGACCAAGGUGGCCCGCGUCGGGUCGCCGACUGCGGUGAAGGAGGCGGAUAACACCGCCACCGACGCCGCCGCCGACGACGACGACGACGACGAUGAUGAUGAUGGCCUGGUGCUGACGCCAGGCCGCAACAUGGGCACGCGCAUCUCGCUCGCGAGUCCAAAGGCGCCGCUGUUGGCUUCGAGCUCCAGCCCGCUCGACCACCGCUCGCCCACCGCCACGCUACCGCGCAGCCUGGCGCGCAGGAUCAUGGAGGACGAGGACGACGAGUCCUUUCUCACUCCGCGCAGCGUCAGGGAACGGCCCAAAGGCCACAUCCCGCAGCUCCUACCGAUGGGUGCCCGUUCCGCCAUCUUCCAGCCCGGCACCGUCGCCAGCGGCGGCAGCAGCAGCAGGUCAGGAGCCAGUACGCCCAAGUCCGCCCGCGUCGGUUCUGCCACGACAAAGGAGCAGGCCUCUGUCGCGACGCCGCUCCGCGACUCGCCGGCGUCGCUCUCCCUCAAGCUGCAGCAGGAGGCGAGCAAGCAGGCGGACCCGCCUCUGCCGGAGGUCAAGCACGUCCUCUCGUCGGAGCUGCCGCUGCCCAAGCACUAUGCCAGCCUCAUGACGCUGCACAUGGCGCUCGAGCACGCCCUCGUCGUACACCUCGCCACGUGCGGCGCAUCCAUGGCCUCGCUGGAAAACGACGCAUCGAGCGACGAUGCGGCGUCGGACGACGACGGCGCAAGGGAAGCCAGCUUUGUCGGAGGAGAAGAGAAUUCAGCAGUGAUGACUUCGGGUACGCCGCGCCGUCGACAGGCACGACCCAGGACGGUACGUCUGCCCAACCUCGUCACCUACACGGCCAUCCGACCGCUCGUCGAACGAUCGGGCGGACGGCGGCUGGGACCGACGGAGCUGGCGCGGCUGGCGAGUGUCUGGAUGGACUUCCAGGCGCCCUCGGCCGACGCGCCGUCGUCAAGCAGCGCCAGCGCCGGCGCCGGUGCUGACGAGAUCAAGGGGCUCGGGUUUAUCGUGUCGCGCACGCGCACCCUCGAUGCCAGGACGGGCCGGCGCGUGUGGGACUGGGGCAUCGGGAUCGAGCUCGAGGUGCGCCGGCCUCGCCGCGCCAAGACGCCGCCUGUCCAGGUCGAGUUUGGCGGAGUCGGAGUUGGGGUCGAAGCUACCUCAGCAGCGACGGCGAGGGGCGUACCAACGCCUUCUACGCCGGGCGCCAGCGUCGCCGUGGACCGGUCGCGAUUCGCCACACCACCGCCGUCGCCAGCCUCGUCGCGCCUCGACGCCACACCGACACCGGCGUCGCCCUCGAAGCGGAGACGGGAACAGAGCGGCAGCCUCCUUCCCUCUUCGCCCUCGCUCCCCUCGUCGCCUCGUUCGACGACCAAGGCGCGCGAGGGCAUGUCGUUUGUCGCGCUAUGGAACAACGGCAUCGAGGUGCGAAAGGCCGAAGUCGGGAGGAGGCUGCGUCAGCGCUGCGGCCGGUUCCACCAGCUCUGGCUUGACGAGCAGGCUAUCGUCGUUCCCGAGGCGGCGCCGCCGCAGCAACACGCGGAGGCGAAGCAGCAGGAGCGGAGCACUUCUACGAAACUCGAGCCGAGCACGCCAUCGACGUCUGGACCGUGGACGCACGCGGAACAGGGCGAUGCGCGGGAGAGGGGCCAGGCGAUGCAGGGCCAAGGCGGACUCUGGACGCCCUCGGCCACCCGUUCUGGCGGACGGCGGGUGGGCGGGAGGACAAUCACCUUUGACCAGUCCAACCUCGACCGCGAUGGCCUGCUCGACAGCGACGUAUCCGCCGACGAGGCCGAGGCAGACGGGUCUGCCGCGACGAUGACGGGGCAAGAGUCGAUCAAGACGGGGGGUCGAAAGGCGCUGAUGGCCGAGCUCCAGCCUACGCCAAGGCAGCAGCGUCCUCGUCCCGCCACCACCGCCGCCAGUCCACCGACGACGACGACGACGACGGCAGAAUCUGCGAAGGAUGAAAUCGAGCCAAUGCCGGGCUGCGUCGAUGGCGACGGCUGGCCUGUGCCGCAUGCGGGGAUGGUCCUGUACGAAUGGCAUCCGAGGUUCGACCGCGACUCGGCGGCCAUUGUACGGCCCGUACCGCUCGUCGAGUUGCCACCUCUCCGCGACCCCGUCCUUGCAGCUCCCUCCUCGUCCUCGGCGUCGAACACGACGUCGACGCCGACGGUACCAGGGGGCCGACAUGUGCGUCUCGGCGGCGGCGGCGGCGGUGGCGCGGGCAGUGUGUCGUCGAACCUCUUUGGCCUGGGCCUGGGCAUCCAACAUCCCUCGACACCGCAGACGAGUCGAGUGGCCAACCGACCGGGCAUGACGCCAUCGUCGGCGUCGUCGGCGACGCUCUCGGCGUCGGGAUCGGGUCCCGGAUCUGGGCUGAGCCUAAAGGACCGGAUCCGGCAGAAGGAAGAGGCUAAACGCAACCUCCUCCUUGCCAAGUCGUCCAACGCGCUCCUCUCGCGCGCCACGCCGGGUACGCCCGCUUCGCACACGCCCUCGACCGCCGGCGUCGGUGGCAGUGCCGGUGCCGCGGGCACGCCGACGAGGAGCAGCAUGAUGGCCACCCUGUCGCGCCGAUCGGUGCUGAGUCGCCUACCGGAACUCGCAGGAAUCGUCUACGUCAUCUUCACCUCUAGCAGCGGCAGCGGCGGUGGCGGUGGCGGUGGGGCACGCACGCCGACGCUGCCCAUGUCGGACGUCGUGACGCGGCUGUGCAAGUCGGUCAAGACGACCAUGAGCCGCGCCGAGUGCCGCGACGCCGUCGAGCUGCUCCGCGACGAGGUCGACGGCUUCCUCGACAUCGUCGUCGUCGGCGGCAAGGAGUGGGUCAGGAUGGGCAGGAGGCACGGCGGUGCGCCCUGGAGCCUGCAGGAGGUUCGGGAGCGGAUCGGCGUCGCUAUCUCCCGCGGCUAG